AUGUCAAAUCUUCAUCCAAAUUGGGAUGAUAUUGACUCUAACUCUCGUGAACAACUGAUCCAAAUGCUUAGAGAACUAGAAGUCCCAUACUUUGCUUCAGCAACAAUGAAAGAAUUAAAAUUAAUUUUACAAAAUCGCUUGGAUCCAACAAAUAAAGAUAUACAACGUCAAGUAAGAUUAAUAUUUACGGAAUCUAGAUAUAAGAAGCGCACAAGUAUUUCCAUUAAAACAAUUCGUAUUCUAUUAAUUAUUUCUAUAGCUAUUAUUGGAUUUUUUACUUUCAAUUAUAUUACAAGACCAUUACCAUAUUGCACUGGCUCAGAGAAAACAGGAACUUGCAGGCCUUGCCCGCAAUUAGCAAAAUGUUCAGCGUACAAAGCUAAAUGCGUAUCAGGAUAUUAUCUUUCUGAUUUAGGAUGCUAUCCCACACGCUAUAAAAAGAUUUUUGCUUUAGCAAAUCGUGGUGCAAAAUUUGUUCACCGUAGAGACGGCGAUUGCUUGGAACACAAAGAUCUUCUUACUAUAGAAAACUUUAACAUACUAUUUCCAGAUGUAAAUACAUCAAUUUACUCAGAAUUUCCGAAAUUUAACAUCAAAAUCUCAAAUGGAACGAUCAAAUCAACAAAACCACAAGUUACAUACGUUUGUCAGGUUAUUAAUGCCAUGGAACGUAAUCCAAACAUUGUCGGACCCAUUGCAAUUAUUAUUUUAACAAUAUUAGCUUAUACGAUCUGGAAGACACAGCAUGAAAAGGACAAAGCCAUUGCUCGUGAUCUUGCUAAGCUUGCACACAAGAUUUUAGCAACAGCCGACAAACAAAUUUACAUUUACGAUAUGAAAGUCCAACUUAGGGCCAAAUAUCGCUCAAUUGACAGGAUUUGGAAGACCAUUGUCAAGUAUAUUGAAAAUGAUUCACAUGUAAUUGUUGGUGUUAUGGGAGCAAGACAUGAUACUUAUUGGAAAUGGAACCAUGAAUAA